GUUGGCGGCCUCGGACAUCUUGCUAUUCAGUUCGCUGCAAAGAUGGGCUGCCAGGUGGUGGUGUUCUCGGGGACAGAGAGCAAGAAGGAAGAGGCGAUGCAGCUUGGUGCAAGUGAGUUCUACAUGACGAAGGACGUGGAGAAGCUGCAGAUAGGGGCACCCAUCAAGCACCUCUUUGUCACAUCGUCCCAGCAGCCUGACUGGAAGUUUUACCUCCCCAUACUCGUGCCGCACACCAAGAUCUACCUGCUCACUGUGUCUAGUGAUGCCCUCACCUUGCCGUACAUGCAGCUCGUCAACAAUGGCCUUACGCUCCAGGGUAGCAUCUGUCCUUCAUGUGGAACACAUGUCAAGAUGUUGAGGUUCGCAGCACUUCAUGGCAUCAAGCCCAUCGUCCAGGAAUUCCCGUUGACCCGGACAGGCAUAGAAAAAUCGAUGGAGAAGCUUGAGAAAGGAGAAGUAAGGUACCGUGCGGUCUUGGUCGCUGAAGUGUAA